CCUGCCGCGAACCCAGCUGGUACAUGACCUCUAUCUGAACUCCAUCAUCAAGGAUCCGCCAAUAGGAAAAGCUUCUUCAAGCAGCAACUGCAGAUCGGCGCCAUCUUGUCUUCUUCUGAAAAGGAACAUGAAGCAAGUGGGCGGAGGACAGCGCUUGGUGGUUGGAAGGAACAUAACACUGUCUUGCCUCUGUCCCAUGAAGACUGUAACACCCGGUAACAAAGACUAUAUUAUGUGUCUUCCUGACUUCACGUAUUUCUAUCAUUCCUUCCUCGGAUGUUGGGAUCGAGAAUGCAACACGAGUCUCCUGCCCCCUGUCCCUGCUCUUGGCUCUUGGAACUGGCCAGGUGGGAGAGCUCUCACUUCCACCAAGAUUACUUAUACCUGUGGCGAGUGGACUCUCUUCGAGGGAUUGUGGAUACCAACACUCACCACGAGGUGCACAUGUAGUGAGACCUGGUCGCUUACCUCGGUACCAGAAUGUAUCAACGUCAGCACGACCCCCGUCCCUCCAACAACGACUACAACGACGACUCUCACGACCUUUUCCACGACCUAUUCGACAACUGAGUCAACCGCAACCACGACAGCCACCACUACAACCAACAACAUCACCACAACCACAUCUAGCGCCUCUACGACAACCGAUGACGUCACGAAAAGUACGACUAACACGACCUCUACAACGAAUGACGUCACAGCAACGACCACGGACACCACAGACAUCACACAGGCCACAGAAAAGGAAGCUAAAGCAACAUCCAAUGAAGGUAAGCUUAAAUAAUUUUCUCCUCUUUAUUUUGACGCUAUGAAAAUUACAAUAAUUAUGUAAUAGUAUUUUAUAUCAUCCUGUUUUAUUGCAUUGCCGAUUCUCUCGUUAUAUUUUAAUGAUAUAUCAUAUUGUUAUAUCAUAUCAUCAUAUUACAUUAUACUGCAGAUGAUUAUCUUUCAAAUUAUUCCAUCUAAUUGCCUAAUUAAUGAACCGGCCAUUCGCAUUCCCUCAUCUA